GGGGAGGAGUGGGAGUUGCGGGCCGGGAGGUGCUGACGCUCCGGUAACGCGGGCUGGGCUGGGGGGAGGAAGGGGCGGGACAGGGAGUCCCCCCAGAGUGCGAGGUCGCCGUUUGGACCCGGAGCGGGAACCUUAGAGGAGUUCAGCAUCGCUUCCUCUCCCAGUAGGCUCCGCCCAGCCCGGCGAUGGAGUUUCCGGACCUUGGGGCUCACUGUUCGGAGCCGAGCUGUCAGCGCUUGGAUUUUCUGCCGCUGAAGUGCGACGCCUGCUCGGGCAUCUUCUGCGCAGACCAUGUUGCCUACGCCCAGCAUCACUGUGGAUCUGCUUACCAAAAGGAUAUCCAGGUACCUGUAUGCCCACUCUGUAAUGUGCCUGUGCCUGUGGCCAGAGGGGAGCCCCCUGACCGUGCUGUUGGGGAGCACAUUGACCGAGACUGUCGCUCUGAUCCAGCUCGGCAAAAACGUAAGAUCUUCACCAAUAAGUGUGAACGCUCUGGCUGCCGGCAGCGGGAAAUGAUGAAACUGACCUGCGACCGCUGUGGCCGAAACUUCUGCAUCAAGCACCGUCACCCACUGGACCAUGAUUGCUCUGGGGAGGGGCACCCAACCAGUAGGGCAGGACUGGCUGCCAUCGCCAGAGCACAAAGCCUAGCUUCUUCUACAAAGACCAUGCCCAGCCCAAACCAGACCUUGCCAUCAUCUACCUCUGCCAGCAGAGCCACAACUCAGUCUCCAUCCCGGACAGCCCCUCCAGUGAUUGCUUUGCAAAAUGAUUUGAGUGAGGAUGAAGCUCUGCAGCGAGCUCUGGAAUUGUCUCUGGCAGAGACCAAACCCCAGGUCCCAAGGCUCAAAGCCGCAGCUUGAAGCCAUCCAACUGCAACCUGUGCUAGGGCCUUGGGCUUGGGGAGGGAGGCUCAGCUGAGGAGGACUGUGACCCUCGCACCUCUAGGGUCAACAGGGAGAGGAGGCCCAGAGCAGCCUGGAGUGAAGAUGAGGAGGAGUGAUGUGGAGGCCACCUCCAGGGAGCAUCAGGAGAAACAGCUUGUGGAGCUGAGCUUACAGAUGGCUCUGCUGGCCUCUCCAGCUGCAUGGGAGAGAGCAGCUCUGAACUGUUCCCUGGCUGGGCCCUAGCCAGGCCCGACUCAGGCCCCCUGCAUCUUGUCAUCCCCCAGAUACUGGGGCUCCCCCUAAGUGUAGAAGACUGGGGGGGGGGGGGCGUGGGGCAGGUAGAAAGAAUAAACGAUCUUGGCAGUCAAUAAGACA